AUGGCUCACCACAACGUUUCAUCCUGCAGUCCUAUACUGACACCCCAUUUAACCAGGCUCUACUUCCUCGUACUCAUUGGAGGGCUGGCGGGCGUCAUCUCCAUUUUGUUCCUGCUGGUGAAUAUGAACACCCGAUCUGUAACUACCACAGCAGUUGUUAACCUGGUAGUGGUCCACAGCGUUUUUCUGCUGACAGUGCCUUUUCGCUUGACAUACCUCAUCAAGCAAACUUGGAUAUUUGGGCUGCCCUUCUGCAAAUUUGUGAGUGCCAUGCUACACAUCCAUAUGUACCUCACAUUCCUGUUCUACGUGGUGAUCUUGGUCAUUCGGUACCUCAUCUUUUUCAAGCACAAGGACAAAGUGGAAUUCUACAGAAAGCUGCACGCUGUGGCUGCCAGUACCGGCAUGUGGCUGCUUGUGAUUGUCAUCGUGGUACCUGUGUUUGCGUCUCAGUAUGGAACUCACCAGGUGUAUGACGAGCAACACUGUUUCAAAUUCCACAAAGAGCUUGAUCGUGUAUAUGUGCGAGUUAUCAACUAUAUGAUAGUUACUGCUGUCAUAGCCACUGCGGUGGUUCUCCUCGUCUUCCAGAUCUUCAUCAUCGUGUCAAUGGUGCGGAAGCUAGGCCACUCCUUACUAUCCCACCAGGAGUUCUGGGCCCAGCUGAAAAACCUAUUUUUUAUAGGAGUCAUCUUUGUUUGCUUCCUUCCCUAUCACUUCUUUAGGAUCUAUUACCUGUACACGGUGGCACACUCACGUGACUGUAACGAUACUGCUGCACUUUAUAAUGAAAUCUUCUUGAGUGUAACAGCAAUUAGCUGCUUUGAUUUGUUGCUCUUUGUUCUUGGAGGAAGCCGCUGUAAGCAAAAGAUAAUUGACCUAUGGAAUUGCCUCUUGUGCCGUUAGCCACAAACUUCAGUAUUCAGAACUCUUUUAUACUGGGAGUAGUAACGGGCAUAGAGAGGUAGGAAGGGUUAUUUCAUUACUUGAUUAAAGCCGUGCCGUAAUGCAGCCAAUCAAAAGGACUAGAAAAUGUCAGAGCGUUCAUUCCAGUCCUUAUUUAACCCUACCACCUCUAAAUGAUGCAUAGAGAAAAACUAGUGAUGUUCAGUCCACCUGGAGUUGCAAUACUGCAUUAUUUUCCUAUAUAAAAAGUCUACUUGGCCCAUCUGGGCACCAUAGGUCUAAUGGUUUCUGAGCUUUACCAGCUUAGUUUAGUUUCAUCAGUUUGAAACAUGACCUUAUUUAGGCUUUGGAUUAGAUUCAGCCCUCUAGUUCUUUUCAUUCCACUUAACCUGAGGUAAAUGAGCCUUGGCAAUAAAUCAGCCCCAAAGAUACAAACACCAGUUUGCUGAUGAGAUAAGAUAUCUAUUCAACUCCCACCCUGACAAACGAGAUAAAGGGGGGAGAUCAGAAAGAAAUUUUUCUAGAUUAUCAUAAUUUUGGUGGGAAGUCACUUAUCUAAAAAAUCAAGAGAAACAUGUCCUUAUGACCUUCUGCUUUAACAAGGUUAUCCAGAUUAGUUCUUUGAGAGGUCAAGUUUAAGGACAUGGGAUCAACAUCCUCAGUAACUCUAAAAAUCAUUUAAAUCUUACUAAACUAAACAAUGUAACUAAAAUGUAACUAAAUAAUCUAUAAUGUAAUAAUGUAACUAAAUUAAUAACAAUGUAACUAAGAUCAUUUCAAUCUUACUAAAUAAGAGUGAAACGAUAAGUUAAAGAAUGUUCCUGACCAAUAUGCUGCCAGGCACGAAAAUGAGUUCCUGAGGGAAGUGAUUACAUUUUUCCCUUACCGCUUUUUGAAAAAUCUUUACAUGUCUUGGGCCAGUUAAUUUAGAUUUACCUUGGAAACAGAAUGUUAUACUCUUUACAGUUUCCUUCUCCCCUUAAGGUUAUGAAUAUUUAAAUAAAUGAAAACAAUAUUCUUAAAAAAAGAACUUUUGAGAAAUAUAUAAAACAAUUAAUUUAGACUAUGAGAUUAGUUAGACUACUAAGUUGAGACAUAGGCUUGUGGGCUUUUUCCCUUCCUGCCCAUAUUUCUACUAUUUCCCCCAAAGUUUCACAAUUUUGAAACUUUACAAGGAACCAAUCCAGUUUUAUAUCUAAUGCUUCAGAACUAAAGCAAUUUAUGAUAAGAAUAGAAUGAAUUAAUGUAAAAAAAUUUUUUCCCAGAAAAAUGAAGGAUCAGAAUUUAAAGACUUUUUUUCUUAAUUUGUUAUAAUCUAUGGAUCUAUAAAUUUACCAGAUGGAUAAGAAAUAUCCCUGGGUUUCUCUAAUCACUAAAAUUGUUGAGUCAUAGAAAUUAAUUUAGAGGAAGAAAGCAAUAACAUGCUGCACAGACUUGUUCCCAAAAUUUUCCUGUUUUAAAAUUUAUGUCCUUUUUUCUUUUUUAAGUUAUAUUUCCAUAAUUUCUUAUUUGUCUUCUUUUCCCAUUGUUUCUUAGUUUUUUCUUCUCAUUUUGACUUAUAACAUUUGUAAGAAAAUUUCUAAGACCUAUGAAAAUUUUAAGAAAUUUGUUUUACCCAUAAUAAGAAAAUAGUAAAAUAUAAUAUAGUAUAGAAUGAUAUAAAUAGUAA